CAACAGCCGCAGUUCAUUCACUCGUUUCUUCGCCUCCAUCUCUCUUUUGAAGCUAUUCUAGUUUCAGUACUGUCGUUUACGUCCCAUUACACUAUAUAAUACCCUCUUCAAAAAUGCGUUUCUCUGUCCUCGCUACCUGCGCCGGCCUGCUGCAGCUUGCCGCUGCCGCUGUCCCUGUCGGCGUCGCCAUCACCAAGUGCACUGUCGACAGAAACAUCGCCCUCACUUUCGACGAUGGUCCUUUCGCCUACACCAACGAGCUUCUCGACCAGCUCAAGAAAUACGGCUACAAGGCUACCUUCUUCAUGAACGGCGAGAACUGGGCCAACAUCAACGACUACGCUGCUACCGUCAAGCGUGUCGUUGCUGAGGGUCACCAGCUCGGCUCUCACACUUACAGCCAUCCCGACCUUGCUACCAUUAGCAACGCCAAUGUCCGAACCCAGAUGACUCGUCUGGAGGCUGAGUUCCUCAAGAUCGUUGGAAAGUGGCCCACGUACAUGCGACCCCCUUACUUCAGCUACAACGCCAACACCCUCUCCGUCAUGAAGACUCUCGGAUACCACGUCAUCAAUGCUGAUGUCGACUCUCUUGACUGGGAGUACAACACCCCGGCUGAGACCAACACUGCACUCAACCUCUUCAAGAAGGGUAUCACCAACGGUGGAUCCAUUGCUCUCUUCCACGAUGUCCACGAGAACACUGUCCGCAACCUCAUCCCCAAGGUCCUUGACGCCGUCAAGCGCAGCACCCGCAUUCCUGUUACUGUUGGCCAGUGCCUUGGUGACCCCGCUGCCAACUGGUACAAGACCACCAAGCGUACCAAGCGUGACUUUGAGGAUGAUGAGGAGGUUGAGGAUGAGAAGACCGUUGAUGAGCGCUCUCUGUCCGAGUACAUUGAGCGAUCUCGUUUCCGCCGUCACGCUCACCACGCUUAAGCGCCUUUUGUCUACCGUUUCUUUGAUGUGACUACGAUUUAUUGGAUACAUCAUUGGAAAGAACUGCACUGCUCAUAUCUCAUUUAAUAUCGCAUAUAGACAAUAGACAUGUCUCUAUAAUAUACGGCCUCACUAUUAA